CCUAUGUCCAUGUCUGCCUCGAGAACUUGAACCUUGCGAUUGUAGGAGCAGUUCAAUAGUGAUGGCGAUCCGGCCCUAGCGGAACAACUACAUGGCUGAUUACAGAGCCUAACCCGGAAAGCGGAACGGUUGUGCCGAAGAAAAGAUUACGCAAAUACAGUAGUUUUGUGUGCUUGCCUCCAUAAGCAUCAUCCGCUAUGCCAAAGGGCGAGCCAACCGCUGUUGGUGGAACCGAUGAUUCUCGUAUUGCCAGUCGGGAGAGGAAGGCGGUGCAAAGAUGCGGUCGAGGAGAGUGACGAAGGUUUCAUCAGAGUGGACGAUCCAUGGUAGUUGUGCCUGUGGUGCACGGCCAAGGGCCAUGAUCGGCACACACCGCAGAAGCGGCCGUGGUCGACGGGCAUGGGGAGGCGAACGAUAACCCGGCUUAGGAGAGAGAUGGAGGAGUCGACUCCAUGGAUCAAACUUCUAGCGCUGCUGCCGGCUCGCUGCUCGAUCUACCGAUCCUAUACAGUAGGCACAGGUCGCAUGAACCACGGUUUAUGUCCAGUUCCUGGGCCAAGACUGUAGUGUUGUUACUCAAGCCCAUAAAGGCAAAUGAUUCCCAAUCAGCCUAUGGCGCAAAUGAGCCCAGACGCGGUUCCCUCCCGCCACCCUCUCGCCGCCGACCCGCUGCCGGCGCUCCGCCGGCUCCGGGCCGCCGCGCCGCGCGUCUUCGGGCAGCUCCACGCGCUGCUCCUCACCUCCGGCCUCGCGCUCCACUCCCCCAACUUCACCCUCCUCCUCCGCCUCGCCUCCUCCUCCGUCCCCUCCCUCUCCCACCGCCUCCAGCUCCUCCUAUGCUCCCCACUGCCGCCCACCGCUUUUCUCGCCAACUCCCUCCUCCUCGCGCACCUCCCUUCCGCGCCCCCCCUCUACUCCCUCCUCUUCCUCGCCUCUCCCCCGCUCCUCCGCCCCAACGAGUUCACCUAUCCGGCCCUCCUCCGCGCCUCCCCACCCCGCACCGCGCUCGCGCUCGCCACCCAUUCGCUUAAAUUCCUCGGCGCCGGGGCCGCCUCCAGCGACCGCGUCCUCGGGUCCGCGCUGCUCGACGCCUUCGCCCGCUGUGGCAGGAUCGCGUCCUGCCGCCGGGUGUUCGACAGGAUCGCCGAGCCGGACCUGCCGGCCUGGAAUGCGCUGCUCACCGCCUACGCGCGCCGGGCCAGGGAUUCGUCGUGCGCCGGCGAGGCGGCGGAGAUUCUUGAGCUGUUUGCGCGCAUGGUCUCAUCGACGGUCCCGCCAAACGAGAUCACGCUCGUCGCCGUCGUCGGCGCAUGCGGGGAGCUCGGCGCUCUCGGGCACGGCCUGUGGGCGCACGCGUAUGCUCUCAAGCGCAGGCUGACCGUGAACUGUUACGUGGCCACCGCGCUCGUGGAGAUGUACACCAGGUGCGGCAAAAUGGACCUGGCCGAGCAGGUGUUCGCUGGCGUUACGGACAUGGACACAUGCUGCUACAAUGCCAUGCUCCAGGGCUUGGCAUUCCAUGGGCAUGGCCGAGUUGCCCUCACCUUGUUUGACAGGAUGUGUGCCGAGGGCUUCCCGGUUGAUAGCGUCACGGUGCUGGCGGUGAUGUGCGCGUGCGCCCACGCUGGGUUGGUGGAUGAAGGGCAGUGGCUCUUCGACAGAAUGGAGAUUCAGUUUGGGGUCACACCGAGGAUUGAGCAUUAUGGAUGCAUGGUUGACAUACUGGGCCGAGCUGGUCAUCUUGAUGUUGCCGAGAAGCUUAUCCGAGGGAUGGACAUUACGCCGAACGCCGCAAUGUACAGGUCUUUGAUACGGGCAUGUGGGAUUCAUGGCAAGCUAGAAAUUGGGGAGAGGAUGAUCCAAGAGCUGAUGAGGCUCGAGCCAGAGCACAGUGGAAAUUAUGUCCUGCUGUCCAACUUCUACGCGAGAAUGAAACUAUGGGAGGACGCAAAGAAGGCGAGGAAGGAGAUGAAGGCCAUGGGCAUUGACAAGAGCCCCGGGUCAAGCCUCCUUGACAUCAAUGGUGUUCUCCAUGAAUUCUUGAUGGGUGACAAGACACACCCUGCCUCAAGGGAGAUAUACGCCAUGAUUCAAGAGAUCCAAGCCAGAUUGAAGGAAUGCGGGCACCGGCCGAGCACCACGGCUGUGAUGUUCAACGUCGAGGAGGAGGACAAAGUAGGUGCGCUGUCCUACCACAGCGAGAGGCUCGCCAUUGCCUUCGCCCUGAUCGCCUCCUCUCCGGGUGCGCCCAUCAGGAUCAUCAAGAACCUCCGGGUGUGCAGUGAUUGUCACGAGAGCACGAAGCUCGUCUCCCGGGUGUAUGGAAGGGAGAUCAUCAUGAGGGACCGCACCCGGUUCCAUCACUUCAGAGAUGGCCAUUGCUCAUGUGGAGAUUUCUGGUGACUGGUCAUUAGCUGUUUGCCAUGUGCAUAAGAAUGUGUUGUAGAUUCGUGUUCCUACUUGUUCUGUGUCCUACUCCAGACUGGACGAUGGACGGCGUCGUGAACACGAAGCAGCCGGAACCAGCGGUUGGCGACGGCGUUGAAGUCUGCAAAGAACCCUCAAGAACCAAGACUAGCCCCGGAAGAACAAGGUAAAAAUCCUAAUUUUCUAGUAUAAUGUUCCAAUGUCAAGUGUCAAGGAUGAGAUUCAAAUGAUAAUUUGCUGGGGCCUUAUGCAGUAUACUGAAUUUAUGUUUUAUGAUUUAGUCAAUAGCCAAGGAAUGUUAUUGAUAGAUUCAUUGGGAUGGGACACGGAGUUUGAUUACGCAAUAGUUGUAACCCAGCGAAGUGAGGUUUUAUGGCCAAUCAAACUGUAUGGGUAUGCCAUGUGAGCAUUCAGUGGUGGAGCUACCAAAGAAAAGCUGGGCGGGCCACAGAGUAGAAACAGUGCUAUCAAAUUGGAAAUCAGUGCAUUGUUGUGUGCUGGGCUUCAUACAAUUAUUAUUUUUGCUUCGGUCCUGGGAGGGCCAUGGUCCAUCCGGCCUUGCCGUAGCUCCGCCGGUGUUAGCAUUACAACAACAUGCUCAGCUCAUGAAUAUGCCACAGAUGUUCGUCUGUCAAUCAGUUGAUGUGAGGCUGUGCCUUGUUCUGAAUUUACCAGCAUGUUGACAGGUGUUGCCAUUUGCCUGCUUGCGUGUGAAGAGGAAAACACACAAAUUCAAAUUUUAACAACAAGGGCAGGAGGUUUGCCCAAGCUGUGUAUAUAAGCAGGGAGUUGAGGGGCAGGACUGCAGGAAGACUCAGUUUCAGUCAUCUACGCGAAGGUGUAGUUGGAGCAAGAUCAAGUUUUAGUGGGAGGAGAAAUAGAGUGAAUGGCUCCGACCGAGUUAUCUAGCACCUCCUCUGCGGUUACGCGUCUCAGAACAUACUCCUGAUGAUGGUGGAUUAACAGCUGAAGCGGAUGCGUCCGAAUCGUCUGUGAAUCAAGCGAUAUGAUCAGGCAUGGCUGUCAGUGCAGCUUCAGGUGCCGUGACGGUGCAGGAAGCGAUUGAUGCCUGUAGAAGGUUUGAUCACUUUCAUAUAUCUGUGGAUCAACCUGAAGAUUCCAGCUCACAGUGCUGACAAGGGACUGUUUGCUUGUUUCUCUCUACAAAAAUUUGAGUCAUGCCAAAACAUGAUAGAAAUAGAAGUCAAGACUGUUAUGUCCAAAAUUUAUCAAAUUAAACGUAGAUGCUUCCUACCAUGCAGAGGAGGGAUCCGGGGCGACAGGUGCUGUCCUACAGGACGAUAAAGGCCAUUUUAUUGCUGCUCAAUGUAGAUUCAUUCCGGUGGCAGCUGAUGUAACGGCAGUUGAGGCCAUGGCAAUGCGAGGUGGUUUAAACUUAACAUUUGGGAUUUAACAGAAUCGAAGCGGAAUCUGAUUCUUUGAGUGUGGUGAAUUAUUGCCAGGGGCAAAAUCAACGGUGGGAUGCAGCAGCAGCAAUAUUUGCAGAAUGCAUUGAUACAACAACAUCAAUAGGGAAGGUCAUCCUUUUGCAUUGUUAUCGUGAUGCUAAUUCAGUAGCUCAUGAGCUAGCUAAAUUCAGUUUUUGUAAUUAGAGUAAUGAUAAUUGGACUGAUGAACCUCCGGGUUUCCUUAUCAGCCAAUUAGUGAACGAUGUAAUUAUUUUGUGAUUUAAUAAAGCUAGCCAUGAUGGCCUUUCUCCAAAGAAAAAGACCGUUAUGUCC